UGUUUUCACUGCGAGAGUAUAGUAGCUGGAAAACUGAACCCAACCUUCUCUCCCUCUCCCUCUCUCUGCAACUCAAAAUGGAGGAGAUUAAGCACAAGUACGUCGAAGUCAACGGUCUGAAGCUUCACGUCGCCGAGAUCGGAGCUGGCAAAUCGACGGUGCUCUUCGUCCAUGGCUUCCCGGAGAUAUGGUACUCCUGGCGGCACCAGAUGAUCGCCCUCGCCGAAGCCGGGUACCGGGCCAUCGCGCCCGAUUUCAGGGGGUACGGGUUGUCCGACCAGCCACCAGAACCCGAAAAGGCCUCGUUCUCCGACCUCGUCGGUGACCUGCUCGCAAUCCUCGAUGCUCUCGGCAUCACCAAGGUUUUUCUUGUUGCUAAAGAUUUUGGAGCUUGGCCUGCUUACUUAAUCGCCCUUAUGUACCCAGGGAGGGUCUCGGGAGUGAUAACAUGUGGGGUGCCAUUUGUUCCUCCAGGUUUAUUUGCAUUCGAUAAACACCUUCCUGAAGGUUUCUACAUCUCAAGAUGGCGGGAACCUGGACGAGCUGAAGCUGAUUUUGGCCGGUUUGAUGCUAAAACAGUUAUCGGGAACAUCUACAUUCUCUUCUCCAGAAGUGAGAUACCAAUAGCUGGAGCAAACCAAGAGAUUAUGGAUUUGGUUGAACCAUCAACUCCCCCACCACCGUGGUUCACUGAGGAAGAUCUUGAAAACUAUGCAGCUUUGUACAGCAAGUCUGGAAUUUUUACAGCAUUGCAAGUUCCUUACCGGUCUCUCCGCGAGAAGUUCCACCCACCAGAGAUGAAAGUCGAGGCUCCAGCAUUGCUGAUCAUGGGCGAGAAGGAUUAUUUUCUCAAAUUUCCAGGAGUGGAGGACUACAUAAGGAGUGGACAGGUGAAAGCAUUUACCCCCCACCUGGAGAUAGCUUACUUGCCCGAAGGAAGCCAUUUCGUUCAAGAGCAAUCCCCGGAUCAGGUAAACCGCCUAAUCCUCGUCUUCCUCGACAACCAUAGCUGAAUUGGUUAAGGAAGAUCUGCUGCUGUUCAACAAGUGUGCUUCCCAGGUUGGCUGGAGCUCAAGAAUACAUGAACUGUGAACUGUUUUGAGUACUGCAAAUCAUCCUGUGAAUCUUAUAGUUUGUGGAAUGCACUAUUUGUGAGUUCCUGGGUUUUGUGUAUCAACAGGGCCUUCCUCAUUGCACCAAGGACAAGUGACUGUUCUAUUGGCAUUAAGUCAAUGAGUAUUCCUUGAGAUUCUGAGAGGCAAGUUCAAGUUUUCAUUCUGAAACACAUGUUUUGUUUCAUGAUUUAGGAGAGGUCAAUUCAAAUAAAGAUUUUUUAGCUAUAGGGUUUGAUUUU